GGCUGCUGAGGCAUUCUGGGAUGCUGGCGGACUCAGCGACUCUUCUACUGUGAUGGCGACCAAUAUCGAGCAGAUUUUCAGGGAUUUUGUAAUGAAUAAGAUUAAAGAAAUCGAAGACGAAACACAAGAAAACAGUGUGACAGAUGAGCCACAGUCUGAACCUGUGACGGAGACGAGAGAAGAUGGGCCUAAGGAAGAAAAAAUGAACACCCCGACAGAUAAAGUCACGCACACUGACCUCAAAGACAACCAUGAUGUGGAGGACACCAGCACUAAACACAGGAAGAGUAAAAAGCACAAAAAACACAAAAGCAAAAAGAAGAAAAAGAAACGCAAAGAAGGAAAAGCCAGCAGCUCGGACACGGAGUCCGACAAAGAGACUCAAGAAAGUGGAAAGAAAAAGAAGAGAAAGAAAAAGAAAAAAAGCAAAGAUGCAGACAAAGUGAAAAAAUCGGUCUCACGAUCCGAGAGCUCUUCUGCAUCUGGCUCUGAUUCUGAGUCCGAAUCGAAACCUUCAAGUGAAAAUACGAAGUCCUCUUCAGCAGGUCAGUCAGAGCUCAGAGACUCGUGUGGUGUUGGUAAGCCCCGGGAGCUGCCUGACAUUAUUCCCAAGAUGGAGAAUUCGGUCCAUAAAAGCGAAGAAAACGAAAGGCCCAAGGAGAAGAAAAGUUCGUCUAAAACCAAGGAGAGCUCCAGAGGAAGACGGACCAGAUCAAGAUCACCCAGACGGAAAUCAGAACGAAAGUCAACCUCGCGCUCUAGAAACGGCUCCAAAAAGAGGUUUCAUCAACGGAAAGAAAGAAGUAGAUCCAGGUCAAAGAGACGGCACAGUCGGUCCAGGUCACGUUCUGCCAGAAGAGGCAGAUGUUCAAGAUCCAGGUCGCGCUCCAGGCGAACUAGAUCAAGGUCCGUUGUGAUCCUGAGGAAGAACAGAAGGUCUGCAACAAAGUCUAGGUCUCGUUCGCCGCGGCGUAGACGGCGCUCUAGGAGCAAGUCUCGAAGCAGAACGAAACCUUCGAAGUCGAGGUCCGUUUCGAGGUCGAGGUCUGAUUUGAAACCAGAAACCGAAUCGGUUAGGAACGAUACGGAUCCAGUGGAAAAAAGUGAAAGUUCUGAAAUGCAGACAAAUGUGCCUCAAGACACAACUGAGAAUGGAAAAAGUCCAACCAAGCCGGCUGAGACUCCAUCCAGCAUCACCAAUUCUGGCUUUAAAGGGUCGUGGCGACCAGUUCCCUUCUUGGCCGAGCCACCUGAGACCAAGUCUUCCCAAAAGUGCAUUACACCUGAGGUGCCUUUGGAAGUGACCGGUGUAUCUGAAGAACCUUCUACGUUCUCGACCGCUGCGCCAAAAGAUUCAGAGUGUGCUGCCAAUCCUGAGAAGGAGGAAACCGACGCCGAUCCAGCUUUAACGGACUCCGCGUCUCCCGGUCACAAGACCUCCUCCAGAUCCAAAGCCGCCGCGCGAUCCAGGUCCAAGUCGGCGUCGAAAAAGAGAAAAUCCAGGUCCAAGUCGCCCUCCGAAAGGAAGCCGCGCAAGUCCAGAACGAGGAAGUCGAGGUCGCCCAAAAAAAAAAGGUCGAGAUCUCGUUCGCAAGGCCGCCGGAGGAAGUCCCGCACUCCGGACAGAAGCGGCCGCUCGAAAUCGAGAAAGAGGUCUCGCUCGCGUUCCAGGAGGAGGUCCCGCUCCGGCUCGCGCUGGAGAAGAGGUUUCGGGAGCCGCGCGCUAAAUCAGCGGGACCGGUGGAAACGAGAACCCAGCCGCUCUCCGGUCCUCAUCCUCCGUAAGAAAAGGUCGACGUCCAGAACUCGACGCAGCGCCAGCAAAACACCUCCACGUCUUACAGAACUUGAUAAGGAGCAGUUGCUGGAAAUCGCUAAGGCUAAUGCCGCGGCUAUGUGUGCCAAGGCCGGCGUGCCGAUCCCAGAGAGCCUCCGGCCCAGAUCUAUUCUUCAGCUGCCCUUGCCAAGCCCAAACCCCACAUCCCUGUCUUUACCGUUGCCAGUGAUGUCGAGCAUGACCAUGAACGCUGCUAUGGCUAGCAUGACCGCCGCCACCAUGACCGCUGCUUUGUCCAGCAUGGGUGCCUUGGCUUCCUUGCCGCAGCUGGCCCCGUUACCGACCAUCGUCAACAAGCCGCCGUCUUCGGCCACGCCCAAUCUCGCCAGCAUCGAAGAAGCCAAAAAGAAAGUGACGAAACAGGCCAACAGCUUUAGCAUUAAAGAGCUGACGGAGAGAUGCAAGAAGAUCGCCGAGAGUAAAGAGGAGAUGGCCAUCGCGAAACCACACGUGUCAGACGACGAAGAGGAGGAAAGGCUGGUUGGAGCUUCCCUUAAGGAGAGUAAGGGCAUCGCGUUCAGUCUCGGUAACACCUCGUUGAAGCCGGCUGUCCGAACUGAAGCGGUCUUUGCGAAGGAGUUCCCAGUGUCCUCCGGCUCCCAGCACAGGAAGAAGGAGGCCGAUGGUGCGUAUGGAGAAUGGGUGCCGGUUGAAAAGAAAGCGGAAAAGCCAUCUGCGUCGAGUUCAUCCGGGACUGAGGAGACCGGCAAGGACAAUGAUAGUGUCUUUCCUGAAGCACCUUCUCAACCUGUGGACAUCACUUUGGCCGUCAGCGAGAGAGCGGUUGCCCAGAAGAGACUGGCGGAAAACCCUUUUGACAUCAAUGCCAUGUGUAUGCUGAAUCGGGCUCAGGAGCAAGUUGAUGCAUGGGCCCAGUCGAACACGAUCCCUGGCCUCUUCACAGGCUCCACCGGCGCUCAAGUGCUCUCAUCUGAUGAGCUCUCUAACAGCGGCCCGCAGGCCUGGAUUAAGAAGGGUCAGUCCUUGUAGCUGCCUCUUUGCCACGGUCACAGUCAGGCCCCUUCUAUUCACGUCAGAUGCUCGAUGCCGAUGAUGGGGGCCUAGGUACGUACGUCCUCCAGCACCCUUCCUUCUAUUCAUGUGGAUUUGUGUGUGAACUGAUGCAUUUCUGCCUUGUCCUCCUGUCUGUUUGCGCUGAACCGACUCAGAGCCUGAGAUCUGUUCAGGACGGUGUUCACGCUUCGCCUGCUGAAGGCUCGCAACUUAUUACUCACGCGUUUAAUGGAGAAUACACACUGCCGCUGGAAGAUGGGAAUAACCUUGGGUGUUUUUGAGAGAAGUCCCUCGUGCUCGUUUGACAAUUCGUGAAAUAUUUUUACUUUUUCAAAUGGCCGUCUACCGCGUGAAUAUCUGUUAAAAUGCAAUUUUAUUUCUGUCAUCAAAUCCAAAUUUCGUUUAGCGUCGCGCGAUCUUUCAGAGGUCAUUUUCAUAUGUUUUCAGAGAAAUAAUUCUCUUUUUAACAUCGCUAAUAAAUGGAAAUCUCCGGUGACCUUAUAAAUGCCUUGGCUUUUAUUCGGCAAGAAUGCAAUAAUUUGAUCAAAAGGGAAAGUAAUGCAAAGAAAAUACUUGGAAAAUGUGGAGAAAAAAAAUAUUAAGCGGCGAGAGUUUAUUUUAAAAAUGAUAAUCGGAAACGUUUCUGGAGCAGCAGGUCAGUAUAUUAAUGAUUUCUGAAGGAUCGUGUGACACUGAAGACCGGAGUAACGAUGCUGAAAAUACAGAUACGAUCACAGAAAUAAAUUACGUUUUAACUCGGGCACGCACGGAAUCCCGCUGUAUUAAAUUGUAAUAAUAUUUCACAAUUAUUGCGGUUUUUAGUGCAUUUCUGAUUAAAUAAAUGAAGCAAGAGAGACUUCAUCAAAAAUGUUGAAAAUCUUAAUUAUUCCAAUCUUUUGGCCGGUAGUGUAUUUAUUUCUUUAUUUAAUUAUAUUUUUACUUGUGUAGUCAUUUAGAUCUACAGCAGGUGAGAAAUGAAGGCCUCUACAUUUAAACAUUUUGCAUAUUCUUAAAAAUAGUUUGAAUAGCCUUGUGAACUUCUACUUGUAUCUAACGUUAACGUAAGCCGCUGCAGUUGAAGUGACGUGACCUGACUUCACCCGAUGGAGCCGCCCUCUCACUGCGUGCCGUCUCUCUUGGUUUGCCUCUCUUUCUCUCUGUCUGGAUCUGUCUCGUUCCACUCAGGACCAGUUCCUGCGGGCGGCGCCGGUCUCGGGCG